CUAGACGCAUGCGCAUUGGUGUUUGCAUGGUCAAGCAACGCUCUCUCCCUUUCUAGAUACCCGAAGUGAAUGACGCAUGCGCAGAACAUCCAGUAAGGAAGCGGAAGUGCUGCGGGUAGGUUGGCUGGAGCUGCAGCUGGAGCCGAUCCUGAUCCGACUUCAGUAGCUUCCUGAGCUGGUCAUUGGUUCUGCACCCGCAUCUUCUCUCCUGCACCCACAUUUUCUCUCCUGCACCCGCAUCUUCUCUCCUGCACCCGCAUCUUCUCUCCUGCACCGCAUCUUCUCUCCUGCACCCGCAUCUUCUCUCCUGCACCGCAUCUUCUCUCCUGCACCCGCAUCUUCUCUCCUGCACCGCAUCUUCUCUCCUGCACCCGCAUCUUCUCUCCUGCACCCGCAUCUUCUCUCCUGCACCGCAUCUUCUCUCCUGCACCCGCAUCUUCUCUCCUGCACCCACAUCUUCUCUCCUGCACCCGCAUCUUCUCUCCUGCACCCGCAUCUUCUCUCCUGCACCAGGAUGAAUCUGGAACGGGUUCCCAAUGAGGAGAAACUGCAGCUGUGCAGGAAAUAUUACAUGGGGGGAUUUGCACUGCUGCCGUUCCUGUGGCUGGUGAAUGUGGUCUGGUUCUUUAAGGAGGCUUUCUUCAAACCUGCCUACACAGAGCAGCCCCUCAUCCAGAGCUAUGUCAAGCGCUCAGCAUUUGGACUCUUUGUCUGGGUCGUGAUUCUCACAACGUGGAUCAGCGUCUACCAGACACACCGAGCCAGCUGGGGGGCAACUGGAGACUACUUAUCAUUCACAAUACCACUGGGCAUCCCUUGAUUGUGGUUUCUUUCAUCCCCCCAAGCUGGAAAAUAUUGGGACCACCUGCCCUUAUCCUCUGCCGUAAAUGCACUGUCUUGUCCCUCAUUUCUCCGUAUUAACUCCCGACGUGCCCGUCCCUUCCAUGUGCAUUAAAAGACAGAUGUUUUUCCCUGAUGAGCCCCCUGGUCUGGCCAUGACUAGAGUCGUUCUUCCCUGGAUGAAGAAGUGAGCUCUGUGAAUUGUUCAUUCUGCCUGGAAAUAAAAUGGUUCUCUUGUUUAA